GGUGAGGUUUGGAACCGCUAAUCCGGUUGUGCACUGACACCAUGGUUGAGACCCGUAGUGGGACGAGCACUAGCCCCUACACCCAGGAGCAGCAAGAGAAGAUGGUCGCCUUAGUGAGAGAAAACAAAGAGAGGAAAGAGCUCCAGAAACAGGCGAAGCUAAAGGCUAUUGCAGAGGAGCAGGCGGCAAAAAUGAAGAAGUUGGAGGAGGAGAUGAAGAGAGUACAUAAGGAGGAGGAAGAGAGGAGAAAGGCUGCUGAGGAAGAAGCGGCAGCAGAAGAAGAAAAAGAGAGAAUGCGCAUUGAAAGUAGAGAGGGGAGUAGUGGCACGAAGAGGGAUACAGACACAAAGAUGGAGAAGAAGAUAAGUGAGUGGGUUGCUAAUUUAUCAUUGGGGGAAGACGAGGAGGCAGAGUCUUAUGUGCCUCAGGAUGAGAGAGAUGCGUUAGCCAGGGAGCUAAUGGCAAUGGAGGACCCCAUGGAACGGCGAGAAAGAGAAGAGGAGCAGAAGUUGGAAUGGAAAUUGAGAAUGAAGAGGGAGAAGAAGAGAAGGAGGGAGGAAGUCAACAGGCUCACCGCAGAGGUGGCAAAGGUGCAGGACUGUAGGCAAGAAGUGGAGGCCCAGGCAAACGACAAGGCCAAAUGGGAUAAGGCGUUGGGGUACCUGGAGGUGCUGAGCGCGGCUUGGAUGGAGGAGCGCCAAGCCAGUUGGAAUCAAGAGGUAGCCUUGAGUGCCAUGCGGUCGGGGUUUAGGGACUUCGCGCGCGAUAUGGUUAUCCACGUUGGGGGAGAAGUCAGGAACAAGGUGCCAUUGAAGGUGCCAAAGCGAUAGCCGGAGGAGAGGGCGAGUCCAGACCCCGU